AUGAUUCAAACUGUUCUGCACAUCCUUGCGCAUCAACUGGGAGUUUUGGGGAAAAAUGUGGAGUUGAGGGGGGCAGCAGGUACAAUUCCUGUCGGAAAACCCACCGACAACUCUCAGACUGUAGCUGUCACUGAGUUUAUUGUCGACACAGAGCGACUUCCCCUCCUGGUCCUGAUCAAGACACCUUACUUGUUGUGGGACAAGGACAAAUUGGCGGAGGGCCGAACGCAAGGGCUGCUAAAGUUGGAGGUGCACAAGCCGGUGGCCCUGAGGCUAGAGAACAACAUGAUUCAGCCCAUACUCCACAAUCGGGCCACCCUCCUGCCCCUCAGCAACACGACGCCCAUCAUGGUGGCCCUCCUUCAGCUCCUCCACCUGGGGCGCCGCACUCUGCGACUGAUAUUCAACAUACUGGAGCAGCUUCUGGUCACGGCCCAGCACGCACAUCCAGUAAACAGGCCAUACCCCAUGCAACACCCGGAGCUGGCCCAGAAAGACUCUCUCUCGUCACAAGGCAAUCUCAAGGCUAUUACAGAUAUGUGGAACAACAUGAAUGUAGCAUCACGGUUGGAUGCAUGUGAAGAAGGCAUCGGAGUUCAUCAGACACUAGAAUGGCGCAAGUACAACAAGUCCAAGGCGAAUCAGAUCAACCUCACGGCCCACCUCAGGUUCCAGGAGGGAAAUCUGCCCAAGCAGGACAGCCAGCUCAAGGAGCUAAACCACCUAAAGGAGCCCAACCAACGAAAGGUGGACAACCAGAUAAAGGCGGACAACCAGCUAAAGGCAGGCAGGCGACUCACGUCGCUGGCCAUCCCGUUCCUGCAUCUGGCAUGACACCUGAAGUUGCACAACUUUUGCAGCACGUACAGAAAUUACGAAACGAUGUCGAUAUCCUUACUGAAACAUUUUAUUCGGCCAUGAAGGAAGUUAACGAAGACUUUACUCCACCUGCUGCGUUGCCUCCUCCCUCAAAGAUAACAAGCAGCGAUGUGGGCGAAGGGGUAUCUCCAAUGACUGGAACAUUGCCUCCUAUUGGAGAACCACCAGCUACACAAUACCAGCCUCUCCAGGUGACUUCAGAAUACAUAACGCCUCCCCAAAUUGCCCAAAUGCCCCAAAUUGGGCCUGAAAUACUAAGCCGAAUCAACAACUUGGAAAAAGAGUUGAAAAAAUGCUGCGACUCUAUUCACAAAUCAGACGGACUCGUCAACGAUCAGCUGGAGUAUAUGUCGAAGCAAAUCGCGGGCGUGUCUGAUAACACGGGCGUCGGGCA